AUGUUUGAGCCAAGAGCCUCAAAUGAUUGGAGUUUCAAUUUUUCAGAGCACUUCUCCCUACGUCAACAGAUGCAGGCAGUAACAAUUGAACAGAUUCGAUUUCCCUAUGAAAGAAUGGAGAAUCGAUGCAACCAGGAUCCAGAUACCAAGUACCAUGUUGCCAAAUGGAAUACAAUUCUAACAUAUUGGGGAGAGUCAGCCAUUUUUCAUGGUGCGCAUUGGGCGCUCCACAAGGAUUUACCCAAAGGAGAAUCAGUCCGGCUAUCUUUGGAUUUGGCCAAGAAAACCUUCAAGAAACAUGGGGAUUUGAAAUACCAUGUUGAGCAUGUCAUGUUGCCUAAAUUCUUGGAAUCCAGGAUGCCAACUGAUUUGUUUGAAAAUGUAGAGGCUGAACGACUAUCAAGGGUUAAGGAACUUGAGCUGAAAAGAAAGGCCACCAACGAAAAAGCUAGGGCACGAAAGCAAAGGAACAAGCUCAAGAAAAAUCCUACUGCUCAAUCCCAAAGCCAAUCUGGAGGCAACAAUAAAUCCCCUGUUUUGAAGUUACCUGGCACCACGCUGAACACGAGAGGAUCCUCACCCGAACAGGAGGUAAUCAUGAAGACAAAAGGAUCCUCCCAGAAGAAAUCACAGCCUGCUCAAGAGGCAAUCAUGAACACAACACGGCAAUCCUCCAUGAAGAAAUCCCAGCCUGCUCAAAUUGAAAUGUUGCAGGAGGAAUCAGAUGAUGAGUCAGAUGGCGAUUGGUCAAAAUCUGAGGGGGGUGAUGAUUCCCUUAGUAAAUCUGAUGAUGAGAUCCUUCAAUCUGAUGAAGAGGUUGAACUGAAUGAUGAUGUCCUCUAUGAUGGUGGACCAUUGGAAGUGGAUGAAUCGAACAAUAUGGAGCAGUCCAAUGAUGAGGAUGAUCCUGUUGUGGUGAAGUCAAUUGGGUUUGGAGAAUUGGUUCAUUUUGUGAAUGAUCUAUGCAUUAAUUAUCACAUGGUACCAAUUUCAAUGUCGAAGGCAAACAAAGCUUCAGUGAAAACUGCCAUGGUUGCUUGGGGCUGGCAUGAGCAUGAAAGAGAUGGAGAGGGUUGGAAGGACUAUGUUAAGAACUAUCAGACCUGGGUCCCAGCGAUUCAUAAGAAUCUGUUUGAGAAUUACCUAUCAAGCUUUGUGGAACUCCUUACAGCCACAAAUGUGAAAGGAGAUUCCAAAAUCUAUGGAACCAACAAAGCCUUUCCUCGAGCCAAUCUGAAUGAAUUAAUCCAGGACUACCUUGAAGACGAAAUGCAGGCAGGCAGGGUUGAUUCGGCCCAGUGGAGAGCUAUCCUUGAAUUUAUUCAAGGGGAGGAAGCAUGCUGCUUAGUGGAGGUAGAGUAG